AUGUCUGAUAACAAAUUUGCUGAAGACCCCAUCCAACAGCUUUGGACCCUAGAAUCAGUCGGAAUUGUUGAUCAAGAUAUGUCACCUGAGGAUAAGUUUGUACUGGAAGAAUUCAAGAAUUCCAUCAAUAUGGUUGAAGGACGAUAUGAGGUAUCUCUCCCCUGGAAAGUCGAUAAGAAACAACUCCCUACCAACUUAGCACUCUCGAGGAAGAGACUGAACAGUACUAUUCACAAGCUGAAACAAACUAAUAAAUAUCUGGAAAUUUAUGACCAGAUCAUCAAAGAACAACUGUCUCUUGCCUUCAUUGAAACAGUGCCAGAAGAAGACCACAAGUUGACAAAUGUCCAUUAUUUACCCCAUUUACCUGUGAUUAAGGAUUCAACUACGAUGCCCAUUCGUAUUGUGUUUGAUACAAGUGCCCGGAUGGACAAGCAAGCCCUUAGUCUGAAUGAUUGCUUAUACUCUGGCCCAUCCUUGACUAGUCAUCUAACCGACUUGUUGAAAUUCCGUCUCGACCCAUUUGCGGUAUCGGCAGACAUCAGCAAAGCCUUCUUACUGGUAGGUCUCUAA